AAGAACUGGGGUCGGAAAUGUUCCUACUGUCACUGGCUUUCACAUGCGCACACGGAACGACAACAACACAACAGCAAUAGUAAAAGCAGCAGUCGUUAGUUAUCUCCUUCUUUUUGCAGACACUGACUGCAUGACCUCAUAUUUUCCCUGACUAGUCUAUUAACCAGAAUAUUCCCAAUUUGGAAUGUCUUCCAAACAGCAGGUCGUUGAGCAGGCCCGCAAGGCUUUCCAGACGGGGAGAUCUAAAGAGUUGCCCUACAGAAUACAGCAGCUCAAGAACCUCCGGCGGCUGAUCUCAGAGAGGCAAGCAGACAUAGCCGAUGCCCUCAGGAAUGACCUUUAUAAGAGUGAGAAUGGGACGCAGCUGUACGAGAUGAUCGGGCUGGAGGGGGAGAUCAACUUGGCGGUGAGUCGCCUGGCCGAAUGGGCGGCUCCGCGGCCGGUGGAGAAGAGCCUGCUCACCAUCUCGGACGAGGUGUUCAUCCAGCCUGAGCCCCUGGGAGUGGUGCUCAUCAUCGGGGCCUGGAACUACCCCUGGGCCGUCACCCUACAGCCCCUCAUUGGGGCAAUUGCGGCAGGCAAUGCUGCUGUUGUGAAGCCAUCAGAAUUGAGCUCGCACACGUCCAAAGUUAUGGAGGAGCUCCUCUCACAGUAUCUAGACAAGGAGAUGUACCCAGUGGUGACAGGCGGUGUGCCUGAGACGCAGGAGCUACUCCAGCAGCGCUUUGACCACGUCUUCUACACGGGCAGCAGCACUGUGGGCAAACUGGUGAUGGAGGCAGCCGCUCGCCACCUCACCCCCGUCACACUGGAGCUGGGGGGCAAGAGCCCUUGCUACAUCGACAAGGACUGCGACCUCGCCAUUGCCUGUAGGCGUAUUACUUGGGGGAAGUAUGUCAACUGUGGCCAGACCUGCAUUGCACCUGACUACAUCCUCUGUGAGCCCAGCAUUCAGGCACGGGUGAUUGAUGAGAUCACCAAAUGUAUAAAGGAAUUUUAUACAGACGACCCCAAGACGUGUCCGGACUAUGGCCGCAUCAUCAACCAACGCCACUUCCAGAGGCUGAUGGGCCUGGUAGAGGGAAACUCUGUGGUAGUCGGGGGUGACACUGAUGAAUCCCAAUGCUACAUAUCACCGACUGUGUUGACGGGCGUGACGGCCGACUCCAAGGUGAUGCAGGAGGAGAUCUUUGGACCGCUGCUGCCCAUCAUCCCCGUCAGUGGAACACAGGAGGCCAUCUCCUUCGUCAACCACAGGGAGAAGCCCCUGGCCCUCUACGUCUUCUCCUCCAAUAAGAAGGUGAUCAAGCAGUUCAUGUCAGAGACAUCUAGUGGGGCAUUGUUGGCUAACGACUGCCUGGUUCACUACACCGUCAGUGAUUUACCCUUUGGCGGUGUCGGCAACAGCGGCAUGGGCUGCUACCACGGCAAGUACACCUUCGACCAGCUGAGCCACCUCCGCAGCUGCCUCAUCAAGAGGCUGAACAUGGAGGCGGUGAACCAGAUGCGCUACCCGCCGCACACGGCCAAGAAGCUGCAGUGGGCCCGCCUCUUCCUCCUCCGGCAGGUCAACCUGGCGCGCUGGAGACAGAUGGCCAAGGUCGCCGUGCUGGCCGUGCUCGCUGCCUUCGUUGUCCAGAGAUUUUUAAGAUGAGAACUUGAAAAUGAGGCCAGGACACUGAUCCAAGUCUACUGUCUACUGUGUGGGAGUCCCGGCGUGUUCCUGGGUCAUAGUUGGAGAGAGAGAGAAAGGACAACAGAGCAGCCAACCUGCAUGCCCCAGAAUGAACCCCAUGACACAAUCCUGCAACGUCAUGUCAAUGGCGAGAAAGACUCUUAUACUGAUCAGAGAAGCCAGUGACGUAUUAUACCACUGUCAUCCGCAUUGCAGUGGCAUUGUUGUUGUACAUUUGACUAUGUGGUUUCGUGCCUGGACUGUGUUUAAAAUUUGUGUUUUAGAAAUACGUGUAUAUAUACACGUAUAGACUGGCACUGGAACAAUAUGUCAGUUUGAACUGCUUUGGGUUAAUAGGAAUGGCUCGUGCUUUGUUUUACAAUUUCCAAGUCAUUCAUUAUCGCUGUUCAUUAUCACUUUAAGGUCAAUGACACAUCAGUUGUGUGAUUAUGUCACUAUGUCUUUAUUAUAUUACUCCAUAUUAGUGAAUUGUCAUUUCGCAUGAAGGCUUACUUAUUUUGGUCUGGCCAUUUGAUUCCAUUCAAGAAUCAAGACACAAACUUUGUUGACUGUUUUGAUUAGCUACAACCACUACAUUCAUUUCAUAUUUACAAACUGACUGUAAGUAAAUAUGUAUAAAAGAAACUCAUGUUUCAACCAAAUUAACAUAAUAAAUAUAUGUUUGUAUGAA